UAGAAGAUAGACCUGGCUGUGCGUGAUUCCGUCUCCAGCCCGCCCUGCUGGCGUUAGCCUGAAGGACUUGGCAGGGAAGCUCCAGGCGGAGGCACCGAAAUCCCCUCGGGGCGGUAGCCGGGAGCGUAGGGGUAUCGGGGGAACCUUUCUCACUCGUCCUCCCCUGGGAUAGCGAGGUCACUGGCUACCGUGAGGUUGCCCCCGAAGAUCGCCCCCACGCACUCAGUUCCACGGGAUGCGUCUUGCGGCUGGUCCCGCCGGGCGUUCGUUCGUUCCCCUGUGCACUGUGAGCCGGCAUUGGCUCUGCUGGCAGAACAAGUUUUUCUCGAGCUCUGGGCGCCUCAACGCCUUUUGAGAGCCACCCUGCCAUAGCCACGGGACAGGAGUGGGUUUUGCCUCGGAAGAUACUGUAACAGCAGCGCGGACGGGUUUGUAACGCAGUUGCUCACGUUUGGGUCGGUUUUGAGUCUGGCCGAGCGGCCAAGCGGGCAUGUGGUGACACAAAGCCCCGAACACGGCGCUGCCGCGCAGGAGCCUAGUGCCACAUGUGCAGACACAGCUGUGUGAGAAACAACGCUCACUUUUAAAAUUAAAAAGGUUUAUUAAACCUUAGCAGAAUACAAGAGACUGAAUAAGGGAAAAUUGCCGCAUCCAGUGUACCUCCCCAAACGGCCACGUGCUUGGCUACAAAAUGGAUACUCUGUUUUUUUAUAUCCUUGGCCCCCUCCAAAGCCUUGACAGUCAACUCUUUCUCUGCCGUCCAUUGGUGAAGAUCACUUUCUUACACCUUGAUUGGAGAUCCGGUGUUGCCAUGCCGCGCCUCCUAGUAACAAGCCUGCCCUCCCCUAAAUGCGCUGACUAGCAACACCAAAGGAAAGGGGAAAGGGCAGAGGACUGUGGCGAGAACGUACUGAAAUAAUAUAACUAUACAUCUAUAAAACUUCUCUUAACAUACACAUAAUGCUCAUCUCUUAAUUAUGAGAGACAACCAUCGCAGUGGCUAUCAACAGCAGCUGGAUUCCUCCUCACGGACAAGGGCACGCCAGCCCGGGCCCUGCCCUGUGCGCGUCCCCAAGCAGGUCGCUCCGGCCGCUACUGAGGAAGUCGCACUGUCAGCCUGGCCCCGCCGCCGCUGACACAGCACGAUUUCCAGACACUGGAGGCAGUUCGGGGGCGGGCCGGGACAGGCCUAGUUUAUUCCGCCGAUGGUCGUAUUUUGCCCUCUAGAAGCAGUGGGCAAAGUUAGGAACAGGAAACAACGAAUAUAGCAGUAGACAUGGAUGAACAAGCCCUUUUAGGGCUCAACCCAAAUGCUGAUGCAGACUUCAGACAACGAGCACUAGCCUACUUUGAGCAGCUGAAGAUAUCUCAGGAUGCUUGGCAAGUCUGUGCAGAAGCAUUAGCUCAGAGUAUAUACAGUGAUGAUCACAUAAAGUUCUUCUGCUUUCAAGUUCUGGAACAUCAAGUUAAGUUCAAAUACUCUGAACUUACUGAAGUCCAGCAGCAGCUAAUUAGGGAAACACUCAUAACAUGGCUGCAAGCACAGAUGCUGAACCCCCAGCCUGAGAAGACUUUUAUUCGCAACAAAGCAGCACAAGUCUUUGCAUUGCUUUUUGUUACUGAAUAUCUCACAAAAUGGCCCAAGUUUUUUUUUGACAUUCUGUCAGUAGUUGACCUUAAUCCACGAGGUGUGGAUAUGUACCUCAGAAUCCUGAUGGCUGUCGAUGCUGAGCUGGUGGACCGGGAUGUUGUUCAUACAUCAGAGGAGGCUCGUAGGAACACCUUAUUAAAAGAUACUAUGAGGGAACAGUGCAUUCCAAGUUUGGUGGAGUCGUGGUACCAAAUCUUACAAAAUUAUCAAUAUAAUAACUCAGAGUUGACAUGCCAGUGCCUUGAAGUAGUUGGAGCUUAUGUAUCCUGGAUAGAUUUGAGCCUGAUAGCCAAUGAAAGGUUUAUAAAUAUGCUGCUAGGUCACAUGUCUGUGGAAGUUCUCCGGGAAGAAGCCUGUGAUUGUUUGUUUGAAAUUGUAAAUAAGGGAAUGGACCCAAUUGAUAAAACAAAACUGGUUGAGUCUUUAUGUCAAGUAUUGCAGUCUGCUGGCCUCUUCAGUAUUGAUCAGGAAGAUGAUGUGGAUUUUCUGGCCAGAUUUUCUAAGCUGGUCAAUGGGAUGGGGCAAGCAUUAAUAGCUAGUUGGACUAAACUGAUAAAAAAUGGUGAUAUGAAGAGUGCUCAAGACACUCUACAAGCUAUUGAAGCAAAAGUGGCCCUGAUGUUGCAACUUCUAAUUCAUGAAGAUGAUGACAUCUCUUCUAACAUCAUUGGCUUUUGUUACGACUACCUUCACAUCCUGAAACAACUUUCUGCACUUUCAGACCAACAAAAAGCUAAUGUAGAGGCAAUCAUGUUAGCUGUUAUGAAGAAGUUGACAUAUGAUGAAGAAUAUAAUUUUGAAAAUGAGGGUGAAGAUGAAGCAAUGUUUGUGGAGUACAGAAAACAGUUGAAACUGUUGCUGGACAGACUUGCUCAGGUUUCACCAGAAUUACUGUUGGCAUCUGUCCGCAGAGUUUUUAACACUACACUUCAAAACUGGCAGACUACAAGGUUUAUGGAAGUAGAAGUGGCAAUAAGGCUGCUGUAUAUGUUGGCUGAGGCUCUUCCUGUAUCUCAUGGUGCUCAUUUCUCUGGUGAUGUUACUAAAGCUACAGCUUUACAAGACAUGAUGAGAACGCUGGUGACUUCUGGUGUUAGUGCCUAUCAACACACAUCAGUGACCCUGGAAUUUUUUGAAACGGUGGUUAGAUAUGAAAAAUUCUUUGCUGUUGAACCUCAGCACAUUCCAACUGUACUAAUGGCAUUUUUAGAUCACCGUGGUCUUCGUCAUACAAGUCCCAAAGUACGGAGUCGAACAGCUUACCUCUUUUCCAGAUUUGUCAAGUCUCUUAAUAAGCAAAUGAAUCCCUUCAUUGAAGAUGUUCUGAACAGAAUACAAGACUUGAUGGAACUUUCUCCUCCUGAAAAUGGCUACCAGGCGCUGUUAAGCAGUGAUGAUCAACUUUUCAUUUAUGAAACAGCUGGAGUGUUAAUAGUUAACAGUGAAUACUCUGCAGAAAGAAAACAGGUUCUGAUGAGGAAUUUGUUGACUCCACUGAUGGAGAAGUUCAAAGUAUUGUUAGAAAAACUGAUGAUGGCACAAGAUGAGGACAGACAGAUGGCACUGGCUGACUGCCUCAAUCAUGCUGUUGGGUUUGCUAGCCGGACCAGCAAGGCUUUCAGCAAUAAGCAAACUGUAAAGCAGUGUGGAUGCUCAGAGGUUUAUUUGGACUGCUUACAAACGUUUCUGCCAGCUCUCAGUUGUCCAUUACAAAAAGAAGUUCUGAGAAGUGGUGUCCGCACUUUCCUUCACCGUAUGAUUAUUUGCCUAGAGGAAGAAGUUCUUCCGUUCAUUCCCUCUGCCUCUGAACACAUGCUUAAAGAUUGUGAAGCAAAAGAUCUUCAAGAAUUCAUUCCUCUUAUAAACCAAAUAACAGCUAAGUUUAAGACACAGGUUUCGCCUUUUCUGCAACAGAUGUUUAUGCCACUACUUCAUGCUAUUUUUGAGGUGUUGCUCCUUCCAGCAGAAGAAAAUGACCAGUCUGCUGCUCUAGAAAAACAAAUGCUACGGAGGAGUUACUUUGCUUUUCUCCAGACAGUAACUGGCAGUGGAAUGAGUGAAGUCAUAGCUAAUCAAGGUGCAGAGAAUGUGGAACGUGUGUUGUUCACUGUCAUUCAAGGAGCGGUGGAUUACCCAGAUCCUAUUGCACAGAAGACUUGUUUUAUUAUUCUUUCUAAACUGGUGGAGCUCUGGGGAGGUAAAGAUGGACCAGUAGGUUUUGCAGACUUUGUCUACAAGCACAUUGUUCCUGCAUGUUUCUUAGCACCUUUGAAGCAAACGUUUGACUUAGCAGAUGCCCAGACAGUACUGGCUUUAUCAGAAUGUGCAGUGACGUUAAAAACAAUUCAUCUCAAAAGGGGUCCUGAGUGCAUUCAGUAUCUUCAGCAAGACUAUUUGCCUUCUUUGCAAGUUGCUCCUGAGAUAAUCCAGGAAUUCUGUCAAGCACUUCAGCAGCCUGAUGCUAAAGUUUUUAAAAACUACUUAAAGGUUUUUUUCCAGCGAGCCAAGCCCUAAGGAAAGUACUGGAAUCUCAUGUACCUGUUUCCAUAAUGCAGAACUCUGGUUGUUAAUUUAUAAAAAUGCUAACUCUUGUGCCAUUCAAACUGGUCUUGUUUUUAAGAAAUGUUGCUUUGUGCUCACAUCAGUAUGUACGUUAACCUUCUGCAAAAACGAAAUGCAAAUUCCCGACCUUUGUCUCAGACAUGAAGGUAUGUGACAACAUAAAAAAUUAUCUGUAUACACAAACUUUUAUUAUGUAUAGGAUGAGUUAAGCUUACACUGUAACACAUACAGCAAGGAAAUGACACUUAUUUUUUAAAUUAAAUGAAUUAAAUGUAAAAAUACCUUCAGACCAUAGCAAUGGUUAUUAAAAUGUGUACAUUUUUGAUACGGAGUAAAAUGUUUUAAUAAGACAUAAAAUUCAUUUGUUCAUGUAUGGUGACAUGAAAAUAAAACAAUCAAAGUCCUUCUUGUAGAUAGUCAUUUUAUUGAAGUUGUCUUAAUGAUAAAAUAUAUAUAUACCUCCUAUAAAGCAAACUGGUGUAAUAAAUGAUUUCACUUAAAAGUA